CAAUAGCAUGAUAAGUCGACAACAACAAAAACAUACCAAAUAGAAUAACAGCAUAAAGAAUAGAGAAGAAAAGCGAAAAUGGAGGACGAGUGAGUGUGGGGGGAGAGAGUGUGUAAGAGAAACGGCAACAACAGCAGCACAAUGCACGAGCAAAUAUAUUAUAUACCAGCAACAACAAUAACACUAUAUAGAAUUAUAGAAUUUUUGACAUAUUAGUUUUAAGUGUUUGAGUGUCAUUUGAAAUGGACAUCACAGCACACAAACCGAAACUCUGUUGUUAUUUACUAUUAAGUGAUGCUCAUCACAUCGCACACUUUGCUCAGUAUUGUGUAUGUCAAUAAAGUAACUCACAUAUAAACGCUAACACAAAAUUAUGUGUAUAUUAUUUUCGAUUUUAUUUAUUUGUGGUAUUUAUUUCAAUUGAAACGUAUUGCGAUCAUCUUUUGGAUUGACACUUGGAUUUAGUUCAACAAAAGACAUUCAAGUGUGACAUUGUGUCGGAGAGAUAAAAUGGUCAAUUCUCGGCCGAUUUUUACGUGCAACCUUCUUUGGUUGCUGCUGUUUUUUCAUACCAAGGUCAUUGCGGCGAACAAACCAAAUAUCAUUGUUAUUUUGACGGACGACCAAGAUGUGGUACUCAAUGGAAUGACACCAAUGCAACGAACACAAAAACUACUGGCUGCCAAAGGAGCUACGUUUAUCAAUGCAUUUACAUCGUCGCCAAUAUGUUGUCCAGCCCGAGCGUCUCUGUUGACCGGAAAAUAUGCCCAUAAUCAUCAAACGAUAAAUAAUUCAAUGUCGGGCGGUUGCUACGGUGAACAAUGGAAAACACAUAACGAACAACGGACAUUCCCACUUUAUUUACAACAAAAUGGUUACAACACAUUUUAUGCCGGCAAAUACUUGAAUCAGUAUCACUCAAUUGACGUUCCGCCUGGCUACACUGACUGGCAUGGUCUGUAUGGCAAUUCGAAGUACUACAAUUACACGCUCAAUGAAAAUGGAGUAUCGAAGCUGUUUGGCGAUUUAGAACAGGAAUAUUUGACGGAUGUUUUGCGUUCUCGUUUGGAAAAGUUCCUAUCGCUUCAAUUGCCCGAUAAUCCGUUCUUAGCCGUUGUUGCGCCGCCAGCAGCACACAGUCCCUUCACGCCAGCCAAACGUCAUGAGUCAUUCUUUGUUAAUGUGACUGCAUUGCGAACGCCAAAUUUCAACGUGGUUUCGGAUGAAUUGUCAAAACAUUGGUUGGUACGAAUGCCACCAGCUCCAUUGACACCAGAUAUUAUUGCUACAAUUGACUCUUACUACCGUCAACGUUGGCAAACACUGUUAGCUGUCGAUGAGUUGAUUGAAAGUAUGAUUAACCAGUUGAGACGAUUGAAUUUGUACGACAAUACUUACAUUGUAUUUACAUCGGAUAAUGGCUAUCAUUUGGGUCAGUUCGCCAUGCCGUUUGAUAAACGACAACCAUAUGAAACCGAUAUUCGUGUACCGUUCAUUGUGACAGGUCCAGGGAUCAAGUCUAAACAUGUUGUUGAGCAUCCGAUUUCAUUGAUCGAUUUGGCACCAACUAUUUUAGAUUGGGCCGGCAUAGGGACACCAGACGAUAUCGAUGGAGAAUCAUUUGCUACGGUAGUCAAUUCGGAUAGCAAUGCCAUUGAUCAAGUGGACACAACCAGUGAGAUGAGUGACUAUGAGCCAAGUAGCACAGUUGAAUCACCAAAAUUUGAAAGACAACUUUUGAUUGAGUACUGGGGUGAAGGGUCGACAGAUACUUGGAACAAACUUUGCCCAUGGAACCGACGAGAUCGGUUGAAUGAAUGUACACUCGAUGCUGGUUGUCACUGUCAAGACUCUUGGAACAAUACCUAUGGAUGUGUCAGGCACAUUGCCCAUGAUUUGGAUAAAAUUUACUGCGAAUUCAUCGAUAGAGAGGGUUUUGUCGAAGCAUAUGAUUUGUUUGCUGAUCCAUUCCAAUUGAUCAACCUUGGAUUCGAUAUGUUACCAUCAGAGCGGUCAACAUACAGUCUUCAUUUGGACAAACUAAAACAAUGCGAGGGAAAAUCGUGUCAAAUAUUUUGAAUAUUAAAUAAUAAUCCACGAUCGAUCCUAUUGAACGUUACUUCUUCUCCUUUUUUAAUAUUUUAAAUAAUUUCAAGUCGGUUAGCAUGUUGAUAUGAUUAUAUCCCGUUCAAAAUUGAAUAAGAGUCGUUAUUUCAACAAUUUUUUUCCUCCGCACAAUAUAUCCCCUUAAUAAUAUUUUAAAAGCAGACAAAUAAGGGAAAUUGUCAAAUGAGAACCAAACCAUAUACCGUGUAUUGCUCAAAAAUAUCGUAAUUUACCAUUGCAAUCAUUUGAAAGCAUAUUUUCGAUUUUGAGCAAUGAUUAUUACUGUUAAGGAAACACACAAUAAAAGUUCAAAAAUUUAAAUCACCACAAA